AUGAAUCCAAAAAUCGUUGCCACUUCUUCUACCACUACUACCAACGCUACUGAAAAACCUUCCGGAGGAGAUCCAACCAAUUAUUGCUCUAUAAUGCAAUCCUCAAGACCUAUUAUUCUUGGAGCAACCGAGAAACCCUCAGGUGGUGAUCCAACCAACUACUGCUCUAUCAUGUCUUGUAUUAGUCAAGUUUUAUCAACAAAACCAACUUGCCCGGUUGAUCGUUCUAUUCUUUCAGAUGCUUCUUCCGAACUCAAGUCUGCCUCAAAAAUUAUUUCUAAUAUGGUUAAUGAGUUGUUGGUAUAUUGCCUUAAUAAAGAUUUAGGUUGUACUUAUAAGGGACAACGUCAAUUAAUAAACUUACAUUUGAAAGAAGAAUGCAAGUUUAUCUCACUUGAAUGUUUAAAUGAAGAAUGUACAGAAAUUGUGAUGAAAAAAGAUUUGAUGAAACAUAUGGAGAAUUGCAAGAAGACAAUUUGUAAUGAAGUAGAAGAUGAUAAAGUAGAAGAAUGUUCAUAUUGUAAUAAAAAAUAUUCAUCAUCAUUAAUUUUUUUACAUAUUGAAGAAUGCCCAAAUAAGAUAGUAACAUGUUUAUAUGCAGAAUUUGGAUGUUCAUGGGUGGGAAAUCAACAUGAAUUGAAAAAUGAACAUAUAAAUUUAUGUUCAUAUGGAUCAUUAAAAAAUUUCUUUGUCAAAUACAAACAACGAAUGGAAUCUUUAGAACAUGAAAAUCAACAACUCAAAUCGUCAGUUCAAGAACUUCAAAAUAAAGUUCAAUCACUACAAGAUCAAAUAACAGAGAUAUCAGAUUGUGUAUCAUCUUCUUCAGUAAUUCCUUCACUUUCAUCGUACUAUUUGAACUAUUCAAACCAUUCAAAUCUAUUAAACUCUAACAAAGAUAUCAUUGUUGAAAAUACAAGUUCAGGGGAUAGAAGAGUUCUACCACCACCUCCAUUAUCUAUUUCAUCUAUUUCCCCAUCUAUUUUAACCACACAUGAACUUUUAUUAUCAGAUAAUGAUCAUUUAAAGAAUGAAGUUGAAACAUUAAAUGUUAAUUUAGCAGAUUUAGAAUUAAGACAGAAUGUAGCAUUAAUGACAGAAAGUUCAAGAAUUCAGGAAGAACUUCAAAGCGUAAAAAAUUUAUGUCAUGGAUUAAGAAUGCAAAUGCAUUAUUUAUUAAUGGAAAGACGAGGUGAUGGUAACGAAGCAACAACUUCAACAACUCCCGUAACAAGAACUACUGGACUCAUAAGACCAAAUAAUAAUGUUAACGGAAGCAUUAAAGGUAAUAAUAAUAAUAAAAACAAGUCAACGAAUGGACAUUUUACAUCGUUACAGAAAUUGGGUACUAUGGGAACUGAUCUACCACGUCAAGAAAAACUUUGA